GGACAGUUGAUUCGCCAACACUAACGCCAACCGUUCACUAGUGGACUUAUCACCAUGAUUGCUCUCUAGCGGAUGUGUUAGAGGCCAUCGGAUGUCGCACUGGUUAAUAAAAACUGACAAGGAAAUUAGCUGUACCGACCCAGUGGACGUUGGAUGUGUCAGCUGAUGACAGAGGGCAGUAUCCGAACAGUGGUAUAGCUUCUCUGCAGGGGGACACUGGCGCCAGAGUUGGGCCAGGAACCAUCGAACUUGCAGCGCAAUCAUGGGUAAGGCUCUGAUGGUACUGCUAAUGCUGCUUACGGUAUGGGGUUCAAUGUUGUUAACAAAGUUUCAUAAGAAUGCAAGACAACAACGUCCUGGACGACACACAACUAGUCCUACCAUAUCAUCCACAGGAACACCUCCCAGUAUGUCUAACUCUUCAACAACAUCGCCCUCUACAACAUCUUCUCCAACAAAUACAACCACAUCUAACACUCCAGCAACACCUACAACGCCUACAGCUCCCGGAACUUCAGUUACUCCUACAACGCCAUCUACUCCUGAGACUACUACACCUGCUACUCUCCAGUUACACCGGUUUCUCCUGGAACCCCUGCUACCACCCUGGAACCCCUGCAACGUCUGCCCCUCCUGUAACACCUGGGACACCUGCGACUCCUUCAACUCCCCAACUUCUGAUAUACCAUCCACACCUGUUACUCCUGGAUCCCCUGCAACGUCGGCUUCCACUCAGGAAACACCUGGAACUUCAGCGACUAGUGCUACACCUGAAACCCCUACUCCUCCAGCAACUGCAGUUUACUCCUGGAACCCCUGUUACGCCUGGAAACCCUGCAACAUCUACCACUCCUUAACAACUGGAAAUCCUGCUACUCCUGGAACCCCUGUAACGCCCGCUACUCCUACAACACCUGGAAUUCCUCCAACACCUGCAACCCCAGCUACGCCUGCUUCUCCAACAACUGGAUCUUCUGCUACACCUGAUAUCCCUGUAACACCUGGAACUCCUGUUACAACUAUAACACCCGCAACACCAGGAACACCUCCAACGCCUGCUACUCCUGCAACACCUGGAAUUCCUCCAACACCUGCAACCCCAGCUACGCCUGCUUCUCCAACACCAGGAUCUUCUGCUACACCUGAUAUCCCUGUAACACCUGGAACUCCUGUUACAACUAUAACACCCCAACAAACACCAGGAACCCCCUGCAACGCCUGCUACUACUCCUGCAACAUCUGGAACUCCAGCCCAACUCCAACACCUGCGACCCCAGCUACGCCUGCUUCUCCAACACCAGGAUCUUCUGCUACACCUGAUAUCCCUGUAACACCUGGAAACUCCUGUUACAACUAUAACACCCCCAACACCAGAAACCCCUGCAACGCCUGCUACUCCUGCAACAUCUGGAAUUCCUCCAACACCUGCAACCCCAGCUACGCCUGCUUCUCCCACACCUGGAACCUCUGA